UUGUGUUUCUGGAGAGAGAGAGAGAAGAGAGGCGCUUUCUGUAAACCUCUGGUUUCUUUCUCUUCCUACAACAGGAAAUACGUGAAAAUCAAACGUCAUAACCACCCUUCCAAAGACGAAGCGAUUGUGCUGUGAUUUAUCGGCCAUGGAUAGUUAGGGUUUUUUGAGGCGAUCUGAUUAUCUCUCUCUCCAUGGAUUAAGCUUGAGGAUCCUCCCUUUUUUUACCAUCUUUUUUCUGGUUUUUUUUGCCUAAUUGGUAAAGGCUACGUAGUGUUUUGACUGGAAUAAGACUGAACGUGAGUUUCUGCAGAGAUCAGAGGGUUUAUGACGCGUGUUCAUGGUCUAGAGGCGACUUGUUACAGGCUUUCUGGUUUGUAACGGACAAAGAUAGAGGAUUCCGCUGUCGUUUCAAGAACUAGGGUUUUUGCAGUGAUCGGAGCACUGGUUCUUGUGUCUUUUGCCUGAAAAGGUCCUUCCAUGGUGGGAUUUCUCGUUGCGCUGAUGGAGAAAGAUACACGGGGCUUUCACUGUUAAGAGAUCGACUGGGGUUUUUAGAGAAAGCUGGGGACUCGCACUCCGUUCUGAAGCUUCUUUCAAGCUCAUUUCAAGAGAAUCCAUUGUGGCCUUGGUUGGACCUUAAAGGGUUACUUUGAGCUUUCUCUGCCAUGAGAGAGAGGAGGGUUUCUUUAGAGGUCAGAGGACUGUUAUGCCAUGGCCAUUGCCCGAGAUGCAUAAAUGGAAGUCGUUGUUUUUCUCUCUGCUCUUCUAUCCAAUCAUGAAACGAGAUGUAAAUAAAGAUUACAAGGAAGGAGAUCAGGAAAUCCCCAACCUUUACGAUUCAGCUAGGGUUUAUCCUAAUCUAAGAAGCUCCCUAAUGCCUUCGGUUAGCACACGAAGGUCCACAAGAGUCUUCGUCCCUAAAACUGUUGUGAAAGCAUCAAGUUCAGACUCAGAUGCCAAGGUUCUGCGAUCCGGGAAAAGAUUGACAUUGGAUAAAAGCAUAAAAGUUUCAUCUGAUGGCAAAAAAGAACAGUGGGUCCAGCUUCUUAGGAACUCAGAGGGCCCUGAAAAUGAGGAUUCUGGCGAAAGUCUGGUGGCUAUCGAUGGAAAUUCCAUUGAAUAUCAGCACAGUGGUGGAGUCUUUGAAGUGGAAGAGAAGCAAGAAUUUGUGGCAUUGGAUUCAUAUUUGUGGACAAACGAAUCAUCGCGUUGUGAUCCUUCCACUUCUGAAGCUGGUGAGGUAUUGCCAAAAUGUUCAAGCAUUGCAAACUCAAAUUUGUGCUCGGACGAUAAAAGUAAUGAAGAGAGGCUUCUCGGAACCGAAGAAUUGGAUAACAGUAGAGAGGAAAGAAUGUUUGGUGUGUCUUACACUCGUAAGCGGCAAAGAUCAGCCCCUGAUGUUAUUCCACACGGUGGAAUAGAGAGGAUAUCCAAUGACAAAAUGUAUGGAAUUUCUUUUGUUAGAAGAGAUAGGAGAAAAAAGAGAAGAGAAAGCAAUGAGACUGGGGUCACUGGUAUUCCUGAACUUUCACAAGAUUUAGGUUUACUAUUGCGAAAUCUUUCAUGGAGAAAUUUUGGGCAGGUUAUGCUUGUGGUCCUAGUUGAGACUUCUUCUGAUGGGCAUCACCAUUUUGUGAGCUUCUUGGUCUCUAUUUUGAAUCGAAUUUUGAGGGCAAGGUUUAGAGUGUACAGGCUCGUUGGGUUUUUGUUUUCGGAGGCUAUUACUGCUGUUUUCUCAGGUCAUGGGAUUCAUUUCGUACCCAUUUUUCAUCCAGAGCAAAGGGAAGCAAUAACUUGUUGCAUAGAAGAUUGCAAGAGCAUUGGAAACGAAAUGAGCAUUACAAAAGAGACUCAAUUUCAGCAUCCUGAUGGUGGUCCUGUAUCUCUACUUCCUCAUGGAAAAGGUCUUAGUUGGGGUGCUCUUGCAGGUAGACGUAGGCUUGGUUUCUUUGCAAUUUCAGGUGUUGAUCAACUCAUUCCUUUGGUUUCCGUGAAUUAUGCGGCUCUCCCAACUUAUUUCAUGAGCUUGCACUGGGAUUUGCAUUUUCGAAAUCCAUCUGUUUGGCAUUUUAUUCGGAGAGCCUCUGUGGCUCUGUACAAAAGACAUCCCCGAGAUAUAUAUAUCCAAUGCCCACGUAAUAAAUCUCAUCUAUUUAGGGCAUGCUAUCUUUUUACUGUACAUGAUUGUUCCCAAUGUGUGAUAUAUGGGACUGAUGACCGUGGCCUGACUCAAGAGCGGAAGAGGGUAGAUCAAAGGCACAUCAAUCAUGAAGUAACCGAUGCUCUUGUCACCACCACUCCACUUAAAAGGGGCCCUGCACCCAGUAAACACUUUACCAAGUCCAAAAAGCGUCAAAAGAAAAGGAAUCGACAUGGUAGGUUCUCACCUAUGAUGAUAGAUUAUGGCGACUGUACUGACAAUGGUGAAUGGCUUCCUCAUUCUGUUUCUCAUGUGAGGUCAAAGGGACGCCCUGCAAAUUUGUCUGGUGGAGGGGCUUAUUAUAAUGGAAACAAAAGGCAAUUGAAAACAACUCCUCCUAAGAGCGCAGAGCGAGAUGGAUUUGCAGGGUAUAGAUAUAUGAAUGGUUCAUGGGAUGAACGUCACGGCGAUAAGGGUAGUGCCUCUUCUAUUAAAGUUCCUUCCUUAAGAGGCAGAUUGGCACAAGUGUACAAUAAACCCUUAGAGCCUUCUAUGGACAAUAUGGGAUUUGAUAAUGCAAUGAUUACCCCCCCACAACCUAUAUCUGUACUGAAAACUCCUCAGAAAAGGAGUGGCAGUGAAAAGUUUAAGGAGGUGAAGUCGGCUAUGGAACAGCUGAGACAGUGUCUGGACUCAGCAAUUUGUCAGGCAAACAUUUUGAUUAUCGAAUGUGAUAAAUGCUAUAGGGAAUCAGGGGCGGAAAUUAUGUUGGAGUGCUCUGAAUCCAAAGAAUGGCAUGUUAUUGUGAAGAUGCAUGGUUCAACAAGGUAUAUAAUUAAGGCACAGGCACAAGAAGUGAGGCUUAGUGGAUCAAACCGUUUCACAAAUGCCUUGAUUUGGACUGGGGAAAAGGGUUGGAAGCUGGAGUUUUGUGAUAAAAGAGACUGGGCUUUGUUCAGGGAACUUAACAAGGAAUGCUAUGAUCGUAAUAUGAAGGCUGUUCUUAAAGAAAUCCCAAUUCCUGGCGUUCAUGAGGUCAAGGGUUACAAUUCAAACAAUUGUGUUCUCUUUGAGAGGCCUUCUGAGUACAUCAUGGUGAGGGAUGAUGAACCAAGCCGGGCCCUAAUGAAUGAACACAUUGGCUAUGAUAUGGAUACUGAAGAUGAGGAGUGGCUUGAGAGAUUGAAUAUUAAGUCCUCUGAAGAGGGGCAAGAUUGUUCUGAUCAUAUUUCAGGUGAAACAUUUGAAAAGAUAAUACACACAUUUGAAAAGGUUGCUUUUAUGCAUCUGGACGAUGUUUUCAAUGAGAGUACAGGGACUAGUUUCUGUAUGGAUUUAGGGAAGAAGGAUAUGGUGGCUGCUAUACACGCAUACUGGUUAAGAAAGAGGAAGCGAAAGAAUAAAUCGCUUGUUAAGGUUUUCGAAGUUUACAAGGGCCCUCCGAGGAAACGGAUUCCAUUUAUUCCGAAGCCUUAUUUGAGAAAGAAAAGAUCUUUUAAGAGGACAGCCUCAACCUUAGGUGGAUGGGGCAAGUCAACUGGUUUCUUAGGAGAACCUCCUAACCCUGAAGCGGAGCAAAGAGUUCGAGAAGCUACUGAAGCUGCAGUCACGGCCUUACAAGCAGCUAUGGAAAAGCGCAAAGCAGCUCAAAUGCUAAUGCAGAUUGCAGACUUGGUUGUUUUUAGGUCCAUCAUGGCCACAAGGAUUGCUGAAGAAAGGAGAAUCGCCGAAGAAAAUCAGUUAACUGACACUCCCGAGGACUCUGAGGCUACCCAAUAAUUUGCAGGUUUACCCAUUGUUUCGCUCCCUACAUGGAAGUGCAACCAAAUGCCCUAUUCUCUCUAUGACAUCCAUGGAUGGCAUCGGCACUGUAUGUCUCUCUCUAUCACCAUGGUGUUUGGCAGUUAACUGUGCAUAUCAGUUCACAUGCCAUGGAACACAACUGAACACCCACUUCUCUCUAGAACUUGGGAACCCAUUUUCUCUAUCACAUGCCAUGGAACCCAAUUUUUUCUCUCUACAAAAUGCCAUGGAACCCCAUUAAAAUUUUGCCAUGAUGUUCUGAUGCUCCCGCCGUUUUUGGCGUCCUUGCCAUUUCAAGUCUGAAUUUUAUGGCAAGUACGGCGGUUUGGACCCAUGAGAGUGGCGUUUUAAUGUGGGAGGCGGGGGUUUUUUUUAUUCCUUGAAAGGGAAGACUCUGUAUUAUUUUGUAAUCUUGUAUAGAAGGGUUGCAUUUUCUGUAGAUUUGUAUUAUUGACCCCACACAUAUUGUAAACGUAGGACGUUUAAAGUACAUGAAAGGGAAACAUAAAAAAAAAGGGCAGUUACGUGUCUAUGUUUA